GCAAUUUUGACUUUGCCCUUGACGCACACAAACAAACGCAAACGCAAAAACGAACAACAGCCAAACAUCCAAACAACCACCACCAUCCCCCUCGCGACCGACCUUGCCCUCGCUUGCGUGCCAUAUCCAUCCAUCUCCCCUGGCUUGUUGUUGGCUACUUGAUCCUACCACCACCACCACCACCACCCACUGUACAGCAAGAGAAACUCGGAUCAUUGCUGUGCCGCUGCUCCUUUGAUUGUCUCGGUCUCUCUGAUUUGUGUUAUUGUUGGCGUGCGGAGAUCACCGUCGUUCUUUGUUUGUUGUGUGCGCCCCGACGACUGACUGCCACGAUGAGCGGAAUGGACGAGACAGAACUGCAACACUUGUAUGCGUGGAUUGAUGAAGUUCCAUUGUCCAGGCCAAAGAAGAACAUCGCCCGUGACUUUAGCGAUGGCGUUAUGGUGGCGGAGGUUGUACACCACUUCAUUCCAAAGCUCGUUGAGCUUCACAACUACUCCCCAGCAAGCUCAUCCAGACAAAAGUUGGACAACUGGCACACACUCAACGCCAAAGUGUUCAAGAAACUGGGGCUGACCGUGCCGGAGAAUGUCGUCAAAGGUGUCGUGAACAACAAGGCCGGCGUUGUGGAGGUUGUCCUCAGCAACCUCCGCGUCAAAAUCGAGCAGUACAUGCAACGACGAGCAGGGAUUGACACCCGCGAUUCACAAAAGACGCCGGGCUGGGGCGACCUCGAGCCAAAGAAAAGGCGGAAACCGAAGAAGGCAGCAAGCGACAAACCACAGGAGCAACACAACAGCUUUGCGGAAGUGCUCGACUCGCCGGCAUAUGAGGACAUUGAGGAUCCAGUGCAGGCGCUGAUGGACAAGGACCAGAGCAUCAUGGACUACCAGGAGACCAUCGAGAUCCUGAAGGUCAAAGUGCGGAAGAUGGAGCAGCUUGUCAAGCUCAAGGACAAGCGGAUCGAUGAAUUGACACGCAAACUGGCCAUGUACGAGUCUUGAUGACUUGGUGUGUAGAGUGACCGUGUUGUUUGUGCAUGUGCUGUUUGUGUGCUUGGUAUACUGUACUUUCUUCCUCCUGAGUAGUUGCUGCUGUUUACUGCAUGUUCCCGUCUGCUUUGUUGCUUCCUUGCUUGUGUGUGUGUGUGUGUGGUGUGUAUGGUGCAUCAGUGUGAUAAUCCUUGUCUGGGACGCACGUGAUGCAUUGCCCUUUGUCGUCAUUGACCGUCUGUUGUUGACUGUUGUCGUCUGUCAUCGUUUGUUGCCGUUUGUGGCGCUGCCUGUGAAGCGAAUGCCGCCACCACCACAACACGCGCACGCCCACAUCUCUUGAUUGACAAAGCAUUUCUGUCUUCACAUGCUGCUUUCUGGCUCUUGGCAGUCCCACACUGCCCACGCGAGCACAUAAAGAAAGCCAAUCGGACA